UCUUCUGCACUCUGCACAGGACUUCAUGCCCAGGAACUGCAGAUGCCCAACAGCAGCUCCAUCAGCCAGUUCCUCCUCCUGGCGUUGGCAGACACGCGGCAGCUGCAGCUCCUGCACUUCUGGCUCUUGCUGGGCAUCUACCUGGCUGCCCUCCUGGGCAACGGCCUCAUCAGCACAGCCGUAGCCUGCCACCACCGCCUGCACACCCCCAUGUACUUCUUCCUCCUCAACCUCGCCCUCCUCGACCUGGGCUGCAUCUCCACCACUCUCCCCAAAGCCAUGGCCAAUGCCCUCUGGGACACCAGGCACAUCUCCUACGCUGGAUGUGCUGCACAGCUCUUUUUCUUUCUCUUCUUCAUUUCAGCUGAAUAUUCCCAUCUCACUGUGAUGUCUUAUGACCGCUACAUUGCCAUCUGCAAGCCCCUGCACUAUGGAACCCUUAUAAGCUUUAGAGCUUGUGCCACCAUGGCAGCAGCUGCCUGGGGCAGUGGGGUUCUCUAUUCCCUGCUGCACACAGCUGGUACAUUUUCUAUGUCUUUCUGACUUAGUAAUGUUGUGGAGCAGUUCUUCUGUGAAAUGGCCCAGAUCCUCCAGCUCUCCUGCUCAGAACCAGACUACCUCAGGGAAACUGGGAUUAUUUAUUUCAGUCUUUGUUUAAUCUUUGGGUGUUUUGUUUUCAUUCUUCUUUCCUAUGUGCAGAUAUUCAGGGCCGUGCUGAGGAUGCAUUCUGAGCAGGGACGGCACAAAGCCUUCUCCACGUGCCUCCCUCACCUGGCUGUGUUUUCCCUGUUUCUCAGCACUGUGAUGUUUGCCUAUUUGAAGCCACCCUCCAUUUCCUCCCCAUCCCUGGACCUGGUGGUGUCAUUUCUGUACUCAGUGGUGCCUCCAGUAAUGAACCCCCUCAUCUACAGCAUGAGGAACAAGGAAAUCAAGGAUGCUCUGUGGAAACUGUUGAACAAAUGUGUUUUGAAGUCAGUGAACUGCCCAACUUUUUCUAUCUAA